UAGGAGCCGCUUGUGGGCUGGAGCUGCACUAGCAGGCAGCCUCCGUCGCGCCUCUUCCAAAGAUGGUCAGAGGGUCCGGAGGCGUCCCCGCCAGCCGCUAGCCCGCCGCCCAGCAUCGCGUCCCGGAGCCGCCGCCGGAGCCAUGGCUCUAAAAGGACAAGAAGAUUAUGUUUAUCUUUUCCAGGAUUCAGCACAUCCAGUGGAUUUUCUGGAUGCAUUCAGAACAUUUUACUUGGAUGGAUUAUUUACUGAUAUUACCCUUCAGUGUCCUUCAGGCAUAAUCUUUCACUGUCAUCGAGCUGUUUUAGCUGCUUGCAGCAAUUAUUUUAAGGCAAUGUUCACAGCUGACAUGAAAGAAAAAUUUAAAAAUAAAAUAAAACUCUCUGGUAUCCACCAUGAUAUUCUGGAAGGCCUUGUAAAUUACGCAUACACUUCCCAAAUUGAAAUAACUAAAAGAAAUGUUCAGAGCCUGCUGGAAGCCGCAGAUCAGCUACAGUUCCUUUCGGUAAAGAAGGCUUGUGAGCAGUUUUUGGUAAGGCACCUGGAUAUUGAUAAUUGUAUUGGAAUGCACUCUUUUGCGGAAUUUCACGUGUGUCCAGAACUAGAGAAGGAAUCACGAAGAAUUCUAUGUUCAAGGUUUAAGGAAGUGUGGCAACAAGAAGAAUUCCUGGAAAUCAGCCUUGAGAAGUUUCUCUUUAUCUUGUCCAGAAAGAAUCUCAGUGUUUGGAAAGAAGAAGCUAUCAUAGAGCCAGUUAUUAAGUGGACUGCUCAUGAUGUAGAAAAUCGAAUUGAAUGCCUGUAUAAUCUGUUAAGCUAUAUCAACAUAGAUAUAGAUCCAGUGUAUUUAAAAACAGCUUUAGGCCUUCAAAGAAGCUGCCUACUAACAGAAAAUAAGAUACGAUCUCUCAUAUAUAACUCUUUGAAUCCUGUGCAUAAAGAGAUUUCCCAGAGGUCCACAGCCACCAUGUAUAUCAUUGGAGGCUAUUACUGGCAUCCUCUGUCCGAAGUUCACAUAUGGGAUCCUUUGACGAAUGUUUGGAUUCAGGGAGCAGAAAUACCAGAUUAUACAAGGGAGAGCUAUGGCGUUACAUGUUUGGGACCCAACAUUUAUGUAACUGGGGGUUACAGGACGGAUAACAUAGAAGCUCUUGACACAGUGUGGAUCUAUAACAGUGAAAGUGAUGAAUGGACAGAAGGUUUGCCAAUGCUCAAUGCUAGGUAUUACCACUGUGCAGUCACCUUGGGUGGCUGUGUUUAUGCUUUAGGCGGUUACAGAAAAGGGGCUCCAGCAGAAGAGGCCGAGUUCUAUGAUCCGUUAAAAGAGAAAUGGAUUCCUAUUGCAAACAUGAUUAAAGGCGUGGGAAAUGCUACUGCCUGUGUCUUACAUGAAGUUAUCUACGUCAUUGGCGGCCACUGCGGCUACAGAGGAAGCUGUACCUAUGACAAGGUUCAGAGCUACAAUUCAGAUAUCAAUGAAUGGAGCCUCAUCACCGCCAGUCCACAUCCAGAAUAUGGAUUGUGUUCAGUUCCAUUUGAAAAUAAGCUCUAUCUAGUUGGCGGACAAACGACAAUCACGGAGUGCUAUGACCCUGAACAAAACGAGUGGAGAGAAAUAGCUCCCAUGAUGGAAAGGAGGAUGGAGUGUGGUGCCGUCAUCAUGAAUGGAUGUAUUUAUGUCACUGGAGGAUAUUCCUACUCAAAGGGAACGUAUCUUCAGAGCAUUGAGAAAUACGAUCCAGAUCUUAAUAAGUGGGAAAUAGUGGGUAAUCUUCCAAGUGCUAUGCGGUCCCAUGGCUGUGUUUGUGUAUAUAAUGUUUGAUCAAAUCCACAGAAGUGACCGGGUAAUUGCUGUUUUGUAGUAUAGUAAAAAAGGGUUUUGAAGUCCCUAACUUGUUAUUGUGGCCUGGCAUAUAGUAAGGAAUUGGUAAAUUUUAAUUUGUAACUCUUACUAUAACCCCAAACCCAGUCAUGAAUGGUUAAGAAAAGUCUUACGUAUAUGCAGGUGAAACAGUGGGGUUAUUAACCCUAGAAUUUCUUCUUUUUAAAGCCAAUAUGGGAUAUUAGACACUUGAUAAAAGGUGAAAUACCUGUGUGGUGAAUCUUUUCCUCCUGAUAGCAGCAACACUGGGUGUAAGUCAUAAUCAGUCUGUGGACCGAAAUGUCUCUUUAUGGCCCUGUAAAGUAAUACUGUAUAUCAAAGUUCUGUUCAGCUAGCAGGAAUUUGAAAUUUAAAGAGGAAAUCUUUUCUACCUCUACAAAAUCAACACAUAAAAAAACACACACAUUUUUUUAAAAAAACACACACCUUUAGAAUUAUUUAGCAUGUGGACUGACUGGUUUAUUUUUCUUUGUAGUGUAUGUAAUUUAUUGUUACUUUUCUUUAUUUACUGACCACCAGAGAUUUACAAAAUGCUGUGCAAAACUGUGUUACUGUGUGAGUUUACAAACUAAAUUUAAAAGAAUGGCAAAUCUGAAAAAUUGCAGAGCAAAUAGUCAACACUUGCUGGUGUUAAUGGGUGUGUUUAAUUUUCAGCUGUGAUAUAAAUUGUUGGUUUAGGUAUCUUUAGUUUAAGCAUGUUAUAAAUGUCUUUAUUCUUAAUUGUAGAUAAAUGUUUACAUAUAAAAUUGAGUUUAGAGCUAGAAAAUAUGUAGAACAAUUAUGAUAUAGUAGAAAGUACAUUGACGAGAGCCAAGAAAUUUGAGUUCAGUUCCCAGCUCUGCCACUAACUAUGUUUGUGACUUGGGUCAAGUCACUUAACCUCUGUUUUAGAGCUUCCUAAUCCAUGCGAACUGGCACUGUGGAUCAUAGAUGCUCCCAGAUACGGAUUCCUUCAGCCCUUGGAAUGCCUGGAGGGGACCUGGGUAGCUGGAACCUCUGGGCUAGAAACACCUUUGUCCAUUUACCCCGGCGUGUCUGCCAUAUCACAUUUCAUGUGUGCCCCAACAGUGCUUAAGUUAACUCAUCUAAACUUUUAGUAAUCUCUGAGACCAUCUAUUCUAAACCCUUCGUUGUUUAAAAAGAGACCAUAAUUAUAUUUAACUUUAAAGACUAAGGUUUAAAACUACAUAACACUUCUGUUUGUUUGUUUGUUUUUUUUUAAUUUUGGAAAGGAACUGUUGAAUGCACUCAUUUCAGAUAUUAUUUUAAAUAGGUACAACCCUUUGGGAAUGCAGUAUGGUACUGGAUAGCAAGAGCCAUAAAAAUGACCAUGUCCUCUGCCCCAUUAAUUCUACUCCUAGAUUUUUAACCUAAAGGACUAAUUCAAAGGAAGAAAAGGUAAAUGCAUGAAGAUGUUUAUGUCUCUAUUACUUGUGAUAGCAAAAAUUGGAAAUAACCUAUAUGUCAAGGAAGAAAGUAGGCUAACAAGAACAGUGAAGUGUUAUACAGCCAUUAAAGUAAUUAUCUGGAAGACUGUAGAAACAUAGAUGUGUCUAUGAUGAUGGUAAGUAAAAUAAGCACAAUACAAUAAAGUGUUCACACUAUUGUGACUUUGUGAAAUCUUUAUGCAUGUGGUUAUAUGCAAAACUGAAAUUCACUGUGGUAAAAUGGGAUAAGGAAUGAUUUUUAAUUUAUUUGUUUUCUUUAAUAUUUGUGUUUUCAAUAAAAGUAAAUAAAUCUUUGUAUACAUGGUAAAACUUUUAUUUGGGGCCAACUGAGAUGAAAGACAGUCUAAAUUAGUGAAACAACUGAAUUACAGAUUUUUUCAAAUAUAUUUUAUUGCUCUCAAGAACAUUUAGCAGUUAAUGCUGGAUCAAUAAUACAUUGCCCAGUAGUGCUUUGGGAAAUCUCCUUUGUGGAACAGAUGAAACUGUAAUCACCCUCAUCUCCUUUUGGCCUAUCUACCAAACCAACCAAACCAAACCCAGUGCCGUCAAGUCGAUUGCGACUCAUAGCGACCCUAUAAGACAGAAUAGAACUGCCCCAUAGAUAGAGUUUACAAGGAGCGCCUGGCAGAUUUGAACUACCAACCCUUUGGUUAGCAACUGUAGCACUUAAUAACUAUGCCACCAG